CAGCCCUGGCUUCUGCUCUGUGUCGAUUUCGAGUGCGCGAUAGGUCGGUACUCAACAGUUCCGAUAAAGAGAAAGAUACGAACCAUGUCCGUGAUUAACUACGUACGGCACUGAAAUAAAUCUAAACUAUUGAAAUUUUCUAAGAAAGAUUUUUUUGUAGAUCACUGUAUAAUAGUAAUUUUUUCAGUGUGGUAAUUCCAUCUUUAAUAUGAAUCUAAAGUGACUUUAAUUUUUAUUAAUUAUUAUACUAAUUUGGAAAAUAAUAAUUUAUCUUCUACCAUUUUGAAUGUUUCUUUAACUUUAUUGAUAUUACCACCUUGUGUAUAUUUAAUUUUGACAUAUUAUUUCACUCAAAAUGGCUAGAGACAGAAUAACCGUAUUUUUCAAAAAGUGCAAGAAAAAAGUUCCCCUUUUUAAAAACCUCUUUUGCACUAGACCGAAUGAACACAAACAUUUGAAACGAACGUUCGGCUUCUUUUUCGGAGUAAUAUUGGGAAUAUUAUUCUACAAGUUCAUCAUCGUCGAUCUGGAGUUUACAGAAGAUGCAGGACUAAUUGUAGGAGGAAUAUUAUGUUUAAUGUUAGCAAUAGGCUACGGGUUCUCCUCUCAAAUCCGUUGCAUUAUAUGCUUGAGUUUCCCCAAUUUCGGCGGCAAAGUUGGCAGAUCCGUGCUGAAAGCCGUAGUUAUAGCUUUCGUUAUAGCUGGACCCGUCGAAAAUAUGACCAAUAAUGGACGAGAAGUGGUGCGGGUGUUUGCCUGUACAGCGUCUCUCACCUUUAAUAUGACCAAAACGAGAUUCGAAUUAAUGUUCAAGCCGUUUACUCAAGCUAUUUUUGGAAUGAAGACAGACAUGAACGAGGUCAAAGAUACCAUAAGGUCCAUAAAAGACGUUUCGGCUCCCAUAACGGGGGAAGUAGAAGACGAAUCGGAAAUGAGGAAGAUUAAAGAAGAAAACGAUUAUUUGGACGCCAUCAUGCACGAUACCAAGCAGUCCGACUUGGUGGCCGAUAAAUAUGAAACAAAAGGAGAAAAAGUGGAAGCUAUUCGAUACGAAAAAAUGUACAUGAAGAAAAUCGAACAAAGAUGCGAAAAUCAAUUCGCUAAGGCGUCUAUAAAAUGUCGCGACAUGUUCCAGAAGGGUUACGACAAGUGCUACGACACUGUCACGUGGGUGGCAGCCUGGUUGCUCUGCUGGCCAAUGAAAUUGGACUUUAUAUGCAAUAUAGCCGAAGCUCUGGGCGGUAUGAGUAGAUGCGAUCCGUCAAAGGAUACGGAUCCAGGAUUCGGCGAAGGUUACUCCUACCUGAAACAAUCCAGGAGCUUCCUGUCUAAAAAUUUCAAAGACGUAAAGCUCCAAUAUCAGAUGGGGAACGUUAAACCUUUGAAAGACGUCAGAGAUGCCAGAGACACGGCCAAAGCCAUUUGGCAUGAGGUCAACAAGAAGAAACGUGUUUUGAUGAAAAUUUUGAUUUUCGUUAAACGUAUACUGGCUUUCGUCUUUUUGAGAAUUCUACAAGAAUCACAGAAGUACCACGAUAAAUAUUUGAGAGAUAUUGAGUUCGAUAACAUUUAUAUAACUUGGUAUUUCAGAAAAAUAGACGCCAGACGUAGAGCCCAACAGAAGUAUACGUUGCUGCCACUGAAGAAAAUCGAACGAAAAAAAUUGACUGAUCCAUUUUCCCCGAAACCGUUGAAAGUAGAACGCCAACAAUUGAAGUCCGAUUUGUUUUUGAUGGCCUUCGAAAUGUUGAUCAUAACGAUUUUGGUGUUGUUGGAUAGAAUUUUCUACGAGGCUUUGGAUAUCAUUAGGAGACACGCCAAAAUUAAUUACUUGCAAGUUGGACAUCAUGAUUUGUUGUUAGAUGUUAAAGGUACUGGUAUGAUAGCCUCGCUGCUGAGGUCUCUAGUAAAAGGAUUUAACGUUAAAAAAAGGAUCCGCAUUGAAAGAUCUAACGCGAUAUGUCUUCCAAGACCGCUGUUAUUGCCGCAUUAUUACCAUUUCAAAAUAUACGGUACAUAUCUGGCCAUAAUAAUAUUCACGUUCAUUCAAGCUUACGCCUUGAGAUGCAGAAGAGUCAUUUGUUCGUAUUUUUACAGAAAAAGGGAGAAAAAGAGGGUGCUGUUCCUCUACAACGACACGCUGAAGAGAAGAAAGGGAUUUUUUAGGUUUAUGAGGAAGAAGAUCAGACGGUUAGUCCGAGAAGAGCGCUUAAAAGAAGACUUCUCGGGAAUACAAAUCUUACGAAUGAACCAUCCGAAAGCGUUCGAUUGGCUGAGACUGUUCGAAUUUGCUAGAAGAAAGUGUUUGAUUUGCGAGGAACCCGAACCUAGAAAAGAAUCGGAAAGCGAUUUUGUCGAAUGUCCGAACGAACGUUGUCAUUUUAUGUAUUGCGGGGAGUGUUGGUUGGACAUGGGCAACGUUUGUUUGGUGUGUCAAACGGAAACUGAAGAAACUACUAGCGGUUUUGAGGAGGAUUCUGACGAGUUUAUGACAGAAUAAUGUACG